AUGGAUGAGUACAUUGAGAAAAGAAGGGAAUUGAUCAGUGAAGUGUGCAGCAUGGCAUUUAAAUCGCAAGAGAAAGACUAUGAUCUGUUUGAGAUGGCUGCAAUCCAUCGAGAGCUACUUCUGGACCCGGAUGUUGUUGCUGCAAAGGACUUCCGUUGUGAGUUAGAAAAAAGAGCAUGUUCAAGACCGGAUGUUGUUGAGAUGAGGAGCAUAAAGGAUCAUAUUGAAUGUGUAAAGGUCGAGAAGAAAUUGAUAUGUCCCAUAGGGCAGAAGGAGAUAGUUGAUGCGUAUUUUGGAGAUUGUGGGCAUGCUAUAGAGAAGAAGGAAGCAUUAAAGUAUUUAAAGGGAAACUCUAAGUUUGUAUGUCCGCAUGCAGGAUGCAACAAGAGAUUCAUGAGCAGUAAAAGAUCAUGA